AUGAUGGAGAGCGACACUUUAACAAACUAUGGAGAUAACAGCCAGCCUCGGCCUGUAAAGAGAAGAGCUCGUAUGGCGUUAUCUUGCCAAAGAUGUCGAAAGCAUCGUUCCAAGUGUUCUCGCUCAAGACCUACCUGCGAACAAUGCUCUGUCGCUGGCGUAGAGUGUAUCUAUUUAGAAGUUCCUGGUGAUUUGGAAAGCACUGCACUACGUGAUCGUUUCGCAGGUUUAGAAAAUCAGAUUCACUCAUUGAUGGAUGAGUUUGGCAAUAUAGAGCAGCUGGUGAAAAAUGCCGCACCAUCUCAGUCAUCUCAAUCACAACCGCCAGCAGCAGGACAGCAAUCGAAUAUACAGGCAAACUCGUUAUCUAAAUGGAAUAUCCAUCAAUUAGGAUCAACAGGCUUGUCAAUUGAUACACACAUGCUGAACGUAGCCGACAUUUACUCCACCCUUAUACAAUUUGCCAAAGACAAUACAAACGCAAUCACCCUAUACCCUCAACCAGAUCAACAAAAAAAGCCCAUUUGGCUCAUCCGGAACCACUCUAUCUUUCCAAAUGUGCGACUAUCUCAUUUUACAAGCUUACGGCCCAAUGUGAAUGAUGGAGAAGACUCAGAAGACGAGCCCAUCCGAAAUCCCUUAUUAGAAGAACAAGAUGAAGACAAGGACGAUGUACUCGACAUUGAUGUCAUGCCCGAAAAGUUACCACUGUUUCUAAUGCAGCGACUGCUGUCGUUAUACAAGAACUGUUUACUUUAUGGAGCUGUGCAACCGUUUGAUACGUUAUUUGCGAAUUUACUGAUGGACCAAGAUAACUUAUCACCUGCAUUUCAACUAUUGUAUGCUUCAAUUGUAUGCCAUAUGCUGCCUCAUGCCUUCUACUGGCAUCCUGAAAUCUUUGAGAAAAGCAUGGAUGAGCCUACAUGUGUUCGCUUAUCAAUUGACUAUUACAAGUGGGCAAAACGUCUCUUGUCAUCGAUCUAUUUUGAUGCGCCUAGUCUCACCACAUGUCAUGCCAUCUGCAAUCUGGUUCUCUAUCACAUAGAAAAUGGAAAUACAUCAGUUGUCUACAUAUACUCUGGCAUGGCAGUUCGCAUGGCUCUUUCGCUACAGCUUUACAGAGAAGAUGCAUUGGAUACAAUCUCUCAGAAUCAGGCAGCUGUCUUUCCGCUGGCAUACAAACCACCUGUCAUGAUUGUGAAGCAGUACGCUCGGUCGCUACUAUGGUUCAUGUACUUUUUAGACACGGCAUCAUCCCACUACCACAACAAGCCAUAUGAAAUCCACCUCGAUGAUCAUGUCAGCACAACCACCUUCUUCAAGAACCCUCCGCUAUCGUCUGCAGGCGUGGAUGAGCACCAAGCAUUUUUCCAGUUUAUUGAAUUCCACACCUGCCAAAUUACCCGAGACAUCCGACGCACCAUCUUUACACAUCCGGAGGAAGCACAGACCUCCUACGAGCAGAUUGAACGCAUAGAGAAGCGACUAAUUAGUUUUCAGAAGCAGUUACCAAAGAUUGAGCUACUCAACAGCUCAACACACCUAUGGCACCGUCGCUGCAUAUUCAAACAGUGGAUCAGACAUCACGGCCAUUGGAUUCUAAUCCACCAAAGCUACCUACCCACACCAAUGUCAGUGCAAAGAUGUACGACGGCUGCAUUCGCCCUGGUGGAGUUGUUUGAUCAUUGGAUUGUAGCCAUGGAUUGCUAUUUUAGACCUUGUGUCCAUGAAUUAAAGCAGGCGUGUGAAAUUCUAUUAUACCAUGUUGAUCAGAACACACCCAUCAAAAGAAAAGCACUGGAAGGGCUGAUGCGACUCAUCAAUGUGCUACUCAAGACGCCUGUUGGUGAAAUCGCAAGAACCAGACCCUUUGUUCAGCGUGUCCUCAAAGCCAUUCAGCGAAACAACAUGUAA